AUGGACCGGAGAACCCAGUGCAGGAGCGAAGGCUGCAGCAACGAGGUCUUGUACAAGACUGUCGUCGGCGAAUUCGAUGAUCGCAGAGGUAGCGGCCGCAAAUCGCCGAGGUCUCCCAAUGACCGCGGGUCGCCCUCAGGCCCCUAUCAUCGGUACUCGAAUAGCUCAAUAUACUUCUCCCCGUUUUGCAAACAGCACACUUGCAUCCACUUUCACGGCGACGAGAACUGCAUCAAUCAGAAACCGCGGCACGAUACGGUCUGCGCCAUCCAUACCAGAUGUCCCGUACCGAACUGCACGCAAGCCCGCGCCCAGUUCCUCGACCCGAACGUAGACCCUCUGUCCAAUGCUGUCCCGAGAUACGCCCGCUACGACGUGUGCUCCGACCACCGGUGCAGGACCACAGGUUGCCGCUCCAUCGUGGAGAGCGACUUCCCCUACUGCGCAAUGCGUACGUUCACCGAAUGUGGUCUCUCUCUCCGCGGGCCGCGGCUAACUGUCCCAGAUAUCAAGUGCGCCUGGAGCAGCUGCGGAGAGGCAAGACACUUCUCCGCCAGAACGAACGACUGCCAGUACCCUCGACCCUGGACCGCCAGCGGCCAGGAUGUAGGGCACUAUUGCCCUCUACAUACAUGCCGGAGGCAGAUGUGUCACGCACACGUCGACCGGCUGGCGCUGUUCUGCAUCACGCACUUCAAAGAGCAUUACAUUGCCCAAGGCAAGCGC